UCUUUCUAUUUUGGGCCCUUGAUGCAUUCCUUGUUCUGUAUAAUUUGUGAUUUUGGUAAAUUUGACUUUCGGAUGGCCAUGAUGGGUUUAUUCUCAUCCAGUAUGCUUGGUCGGUUAUUCAAUAUAGUGAUGUCAUAGUCCAGCUUUGAUUUUUCAAACUGAGAUUUGUACGUUCGGAGUGUUGUAUACUUCUGAUGACUUUUUAUAAUAACUUUGAAAAUUAAGAGUAAAAGCCUUCAAUUGACUUGUUCAAAUUCAAUGUCUAUUAGUCUAUUACUAGUGGCAUGUCUUUUACGAUGUGUUGUUGCAUGGUUGAUGAUGCACCAUUUGGCAGGUAUGUCAAUGGAUUGGAUAAUCAAUAGGGAAUAGCACAGAAGAGGAAAGAGGAGAGAUGAAAGAAGAGUCAACUGGACUAAUAAUUGGGAUUUCCAUCGGUGUGGUAAUUGGAGUUGGUUUGGCAAUUUCUGCAUUGUUCUGUCUUAGAUAUCAUAGGAAGCGCUCACAGAUUGGCAAUAGCAGUUCACGGAGGGCGGCUACAAUACCUAUUCGCGAAAAUGGUGCUGAUUCUUGCACCAUUCUAUCAGACUCAACCUUAGGUCCUGAUUCACCUGUAAGGUCUGGUCGUAAUGGCAUGUCCCUCUGGCUUGAUGGCUUCAAGAAGACUAGUAACAUGGUUUCAGCAUCUGGAAUACCAGAAUACUCAUACAAGGAUUUGCAAAAGGCAACAUAUAAUUUUACAACGCUCAUAGGACAAGGUGCAUUUGGUCCUGUUUACAAAGCUCAGAUGUCUACUGGCGAGAUUGUUGCAGUUAAAGUUCUUGCAACUAAUUCUAAGCAAGGGGAGAAAGAAUUUCAUACAGAGGUUAUGCUGUUGGGAAGGUUGCACCAUAGAAAUCUGGUCAAUUUGGUUGGUUAUUGUGCAGAGAAGGGACAACAUAUGCUUGUAUAUGUCUACAUGAGUAAAGGCAGCUUAGCUUCCCACUUGUAUAGUGAAGAGAAUGGGGCACUGGGCUGGGAUUUGAGGGUUCAUAUAGCUUUAGACGUAGCAAGAGGCGUAGAAUAUCUUCAUGAUGGGGCAGUUCCUCCUGUAAUCCAUCGAGAUAUCAAAUCUUCCAAUAUUCUUCUUGAUCAGUCUAUGAGAGCCAGGGUUGCUGAUUUUGGACUUUCAAGAGAAGAGAUGGUGGAUAAACAUGCAGCUAUCCGUGGUACCUUCGGCUAUCUUGACCCUGAGUAUAUAUCUUCAGGGACAUUCACUAAGAAAAGUGAUGUAUACAGUUUUGGAGUGUUGCUCUUUGAACUUAUAGCUGGCCGAAAUCCUCAGCAGGGUCUUAUGGAAUAUGUUGAGCUUGCAGCAAUGAAUACUGAGGGGAAAGUUGGUUGGGAGGAGAUUGUUGAUUCUCGGCUGGAGGGAAAAUGUGAUUUUCAAGAGCUGAAUGAAGUGGCUGCUCUUGCCUACAAAUGCAUCAACCGUGCCCCAAAGAAACGCCCUUCCAUGAGGGACAUAGUGCAAGUGUUGACACGUAUCCUUAAGUCAAGGCACCAAAGGAAUCAUCACAUGAAGUCUCUCUCAGCCACGGGAGAUGAAGUUUCCAUUGAUGUUGAUCAGCUAGAAACAAAGAGUUCUGUUGCUACCCACCAAAGAGAAGAAUCUAUAGAUAGUGCAGCUGACAUGUAUGAUGUGUAGGAGAUGGUUUUACAUUUAUCUCAUUUUUUUGUUACAUUUGUAGUUUUAGCCUUUGGAGACAUGAGGCACGAGGGAUUUAAUGAUCAUGUGUAUUUGUGUUAACAUGUUCCUUUUUCUCACUUUUUUUCCUUUACUUUUUGUUAUUUCUCAUACCUCAGUUCUGUUGUCUUGCAGAAAUGACACUAGAAUUUGUAUAUUAAUACUUUCUUGAAUGAAAUUGAAGUGACAAAAGGGCAAGUUACCUUUCUUGUCAACAAUCUAUUUC